GUCAACGGGUAUAUUUGACAACAGGUGGUUCUUCAGUUGCUUGUUAUUUGUUUAUUUUAUUAAUAAGUGUGUUGUGAAUUUAAUGUUGAAUAUGUCCACAAGAAAAUCUUUGCGUUUGCAAUCAAGAGGAGACACUACUCCAGCUACUCCCAUUCAUACAAACUUCUAUUCGCCACGAUUACGAAGUUCGGUUAAACGUAAUCUAAACAGCUCUUUUGGGGCUAGUGAACAAGAGCCUUUAUCACCUACAAAGGUUUUAAAAAGUGGAUCAACUCCCGCAAAAGGACAGAAGAAAAAUGAAAAAAUCACUUUAAUUAUUGAUAAGAAAAACAUGACUUGCCGUCCACUUUUCUACUACGAGAGUUCUGAAUCUGAGGAUGACUGCGUUGCAAAAAGCAGAAUUUUAGGCAAGCGUAAAGUUAAAUAUCCAGCAAAAUACACUGAUGUAUAUGUUUCACCGAAAAAGACAGUUAGAGGAAUUGAAGAACUUCAUUUCACACCGGUUAAAAAUAAAUUGCUUGAAAAAGAUGUGUUUAAUGAUGGUAGUAAGACACCGAAAACGCCACGAAAUUCGUCUAAAAAGGCUACACCAAGGAGUACAAUUAAGCAGAUCAGGGAAGGAACUAUUACUCCUAAAGUUCAGUCUAGAAUUAAAGCAGUAGAGCUUAAUAACACUCCUCUUAAAAUGGCCAGAAGUCAGUUGCAUGUUUCUUAUAUACCAACAGACUUGCCUUGCAGAGAAAAAGAACAUGAAGAUAUUCUCAGUUUUUUAGAAGGAAAAUUACUUGAUAAAUGUGGAGGGUGUAUGUAUAUUUCUGGAGUACCGGGGACUGGUAAAACUGCAACUGUUACAAGUGUUAUUAAUCAUUUAUUAAAGGCUGUUAAAACUGGAGAAAUUCCUAAUUUCCAGUAUGUGAAUUUAAAUGGAAUGAAAUUAACAGAACCCAGACAGGCUUAUGUUGAAAUUGUGAAACAGUUAACUGGAAAAACAGUGACUUGGGAACAAGCUCAAAAUACUUUGGAAGAAAUAUUCACAAAGAAAGCGAAAAAAAUGAAGUUACCUAUCAUUUUAUUGGUAGAUGAAUUAGACAUUAUUUGUACCAAAAGGCAAGAUGUUGUAUAUAACAUUCUAGACUGGCCCACCAAAUCUAUUACUCAAUUAAUUGUGAUUACCAUUGCAAACACAAUGGAUUUACCUGAAAGACUGUUGAUGAAUAGGGUAACAAGUCGUUUAGGCUUGACCAGACUCACCUUUCAAGCAUAUACACAUAAGCAGUUGCAAGAAAUAGUAACAAAGCGUCUUUUUGGAACCAACAGUUUCAAUCCAGAUGCUGUGCAACUAGUGGCGAGGAAAGUUGCGUCAGUUUCUGGUGAUGCAAGAAGAGCUUUGGAUAUAUGUAGAAGAGCAGCAGAAAUCGCUGAAGUUGAAGGCGAUGACACUUUAGUGACCAUGUCUCACGUUAAUGAGGCUCUAAAAGCCAUGAUAACUCAGCCAAAAGUUAGGGCAAUAAAAAAUUGUUCACGCUUAGAACAGUAUAUUCUUCAGGCUGUGAUUUCAGAAGUUGAACGCACUGGAAUUGAAGAAACGGUUUUUUCAAAUGUUUAUAAAAUGUUAGUGUCUUUAUGUGCUGUAAAUGGUUUUAAUUCAGUUUCUUGCACGAUUGCUCUUCGCGCGAUAUCAAAACUGGGAGCGUGCCGAUUGUUACUUGUGGACCAAAAAUGUCAUGAUGUUGAUGAAAGGAUUAUUUUAAAUGUGAGCCCUGACGAUGUGUAUUAUGCACUUAAAGAAGAAUGAUUUUUAUGUUUUUAAUCAAAGUAAGACUUGAAUAAAACUCUUUCAUCUGUCA